AUGUCACAUCAAAUCCGGCCGUUCAAAAUCGCGGUGCCCGAUGAGGCCAUCGACGCCGUCCGGUCCAAGCUCGCGGAGGCGUCCUUCCCGGAUGAGGUCGACUUCUCCGACGACUGGGAGUACGGCGCCUCGCUGCGCGAUGUGAAGCGGCUGGCCAAGCACUGGGCCGAGGGCUUCGACUGGCGCGCGCAAGAGGCCAAGCUCAACUCGCUGCCGCACUUCAAAACCAGCAUCUUUGUCGACGGGUUCGGCGCGCUCGACAUUCACUUUGUGCACCAGACGAGCAGCAAGCCGGGGAGCAUCCCGCUGUUGUUCUGCCACGGCUGGCCCGGCAGCUUCAUCGAGGUAACCAAGGUCCUGCGACUACUCACCGAGCCCGAGGACGGGCCGUCGUUUCACGUAGUGGCGCCCUCGCUGCCUAACUUUGGCUUCUCCGAGGCACCGUCCAAACGCGGCUUCGGGAUCGCGCAGUACGCCGAAUGCGCACACCGACUGAUGCUACGGCUGGGCUACGACAAGUACGUCACGCAAGGCGGCGACUGGGGCUACUUCAUCACGCGCAUGAUGGGCGUGCUCUACCCAGACCACUGCCUGGCGUCGCACAUCAACUUCCUCUGCGUCAAGCCGACCGUCCCGCGGGGCCUGUGGCUCGCCGUCCAGCACGCCGUGCUGCGAUGGUGGUCGCCCGCGCAAAAGGCAGGCAUCGAGCGCACGAGGUGGUACGUCCGCGAAGGGUCGGGCUACAUGGUGCUGCAGAGCACCAAGCCGUCGACGCUGGGGCUCGCGCUCGCUGACUCGCCCGUCGCGCUGCUAGGCUGGCUGUGGGAGAAGCUGCACGACUGGACGGACGCGUACCCCUGGACUGACGACGAGAUCCUCACCUGGGUGUCGCUAUAUCAGUUCUCCACAGCUGGGCCUGCCGCUAGUGUGCGCAUCUACUACGAGGCGACGCACUCGGCGCGCGAGUCGACGCGUAGGUGCAUCGAGUAUGUCCCGCAUGUGCCGUUGGGUAUCUCGUACUUUCCGCGGGACCUCUUUGCGCUGCCCAAGACGUGGGGGUGGUCGUCGGGGCCGGUUGUCUUUGAGGCUGUGCAUGAGCGCGGGGGGCAUUUUGCAGCGUACGAGUGCCCGGACCAGUUCACCCAGGACUUGAGGACCAUGUUUGGAUCCGGGGGAGGUGCGAAUGCGGUGGCGAGGAAGUUUGAGACUGUCGAGGAGGACAGUGAGUGGGAUGAGGUGGUGUCCUCGAGCGUUCAUCGAUAA